UCAGGGGCUGGUUCAUCACCUUUGAAUACUCCUGUGACAGGAGGCGCUUGCAAAACCCGCCCCCAGCCCCCAGCAGCAAAUAAAUAGAAGGCUUCCAGCCCAGAAGCCAGGAGAAGUUUCUAGGCGCGCGUCCCUGAGGUUUAUUAAACUCCUGGCUGUGCUCAAGACUUCAGCAGGCUUUGGCUGGGAGCCUGUACAGGCUGGGAGGACAGUGGCUGGCUGACAGCCUGGUACGGUGGGACAGAGAGAGAGAGAGAGAGGCCCUCUGCGAUUCUCCUGGGCCCGCUUAGAGGGAGUCACCUUUGUGAGCCAGGACCCCAGCUCCAUGGUUGGGCUUGUGGCUAAGAGAAGAUCAUCAUUUUCUGAAGUGGAGGACUAAACUCUGAAAACCACCUCAAGCCACAUCACCUUUGGGUAGGUGGCUCUGUCUCUCUGAGCCUCUGUUUCCCCUCUAAGCUCAGCGGACACCAUGGCUGAUGGGCAAUUGCCGUUCCCGUGCCCCUACCCAAGCCGCUUGCGCCGGGACCCCUUCCGGGACUCACCGCUCUCUUCCCGCCUGCUGGACGAUGGCUUUGGCAUGGACCCCUUCCCAGAUGACUUGACAGCCCCUUGGCCUGAGUGGGCUUUGCCUCGGCUCUCCUCUGCCUGGCCCGGAACCCUGAGGUCCGGCAUGGUGCCCCGAGGGCCUACAGCCACAGCCAGGUUUGGCGUGCCUCCUGAGGGCAGGAACCCCCCACCCUUCCCUGGGGAGCCCUGGAAAGUGUGUGUCAACGUGCACAGCUUCAAGCCGGAAGAGCUGAUGGUAAAGACCAAGGAUGGAUACGUGGAAGUGUCAGGCAAGCACGAAGAGAAGCAGCAGGAAGGCGGUAUUGUCUCCAAGAACUUCACCAAGAAAAUACAGCUUCCUGCGGAAGUGGAUCCGGUGACGGUGUUUGCCUCUCUUUCCCCAGAGGGUCUACUGAUCAUCGAGGCUCCCCAAGUCCCUCCUUACUCACCCUUUGGAGAGAGCAGCUUCAGCAACGAGCUUCCUCAAGACAACCAGGAAGUCACCUGCUCCUAAGACUUCAGCCUUGGUCCUUCUUUGUUCCUGUCUCCCCAGUCCCAGGGAUUCUCUGAUUUGAGGGCACACUACUUUAGCAGCACUCAGAUUUAAGGCGGCUCGACGUUGAGGGAUGGGAGGGAGAACGGAGCGACCACAGAGUCUCUGGAU